AUGGCCGGAAAAAUAAGCAACACAGCGGCAACAUACACGCCUUCACCGACGAGUCAGAACAAAAGGCGGACCUCCAUUUUCACAGGCUCCGAUUGGAUCCGCCCGGACAGCCGUGGCCUCCACCAGUGCCGCCCUGCAUUUCUAAGAACUGGUGCAGUGAAUUCUGCUUCAGGAUCUGCUUAUGCAGAGUUUGGAAAUACCAAGGUCAUUGUAUCCGUAUUUGGGCCACGAGAAAGUAAGAAAGCAAUGAUGUACAGCGACAUAGGCAGACUGAAUUGUAAUGUCAGUUAUACAAGUUUUGCUGCUCCUAUUCGUGGGCAGUCAUGUCUGGGGAAGAACCUUGUCAUUGAUCCAGUUUCAGAAGAAGAAAGCUAUCAAGAUGGGGGCCUAAUGAUUACUUGCAUGUCAUCUCGUAAUGAAGUUACUCAGAUGACUGUGACAGGAGAAUGGUCGACCCCAAAGGUUCACGAGGCAAUGCAGCUAUGCCUCGAUGCUUGUUCGAAACUGGGGAAGAUCAUGAGAUCAUGCCUAAUAGAAGCUGUAUCUGCUCCACAAGAAUAG